GACUUUUCAAGCGAUCCAAACGCUACAUCGCCCCAAUGUUCUUCUACUCGGGCGGCUCCGAACGAAAGCCCGCGAUAUGGGCCCUGACUGUGCCUCAGCGGCGGCGGGCUGCUUGUUCGAAUAUGAUACGCUCAAGGUGGUUCAUAUACAAAACAAAAAGAUCGGAAUACUGAAUAGGCUUAUAAAACUCAUUAUUCUGGGAUACAUCGUCGGAUAUGUGAUUGUCUACGAAAAGGGCUACCAACAGUUCAGCACCUUCAGCUCAGCGUCGACCACGAAGGUGAAAGGGGUGCUGUCCACGGAGGUGUUGCCCGAUGACGCAUUUCACGACUUCAUCGUCGACAAGUCUGUCUACAAGAAAGUCUGGGACUUUGCCGACAUAGUCUACCCUCCAGUGGAAAACGGACUCUUCUUUGUCACCACCAAUCUCGUCAUUACGCCCAAUCAACGAAUGCAAGCUUGCCCCGAGAACGUAAAAGUAAAGCAAGCACGCUGCCAGUCAAGGAAUGAUACCACAUCUUGCAAAGCAGGGAAACCACUUUGGCUAGGAAAUGGUCUCAUGACUGGACGAUGUGUACAAGCACCACCGCCCAACCAAACACUUUACGUCUGCGAAAUAUUCGGCUGGUGCCCCGUGGAGCAGGAUUAUGGCCCACUGAGGAACGGGACACCGCUAUUUAAGGAAGUCCGCAAUUUUACUGUGCUCCUUAAAAACUACAUUGAGUUUCCACGGUUCCAUGUUAGAAGGAGGAACAUCCCGGAUCAGAAGAAUAAGACGUACCUCAGGAACUGCCGUUACGAUAACCUCACAGACCCUCUCUGCCCCGUGUUCCGAAUUGGAGACAUCGUUGAAAAGGCCGGCAUUGAGUUCGACGAGAUCGCAAUCAAGGGAGGGGUGAUCCAGAUCCUGAUUGACUGGGAUUGUAAUCUCGACUUCUGCCUGGAGGCCUGUGUGCCAAAGUACUCCUUCGUCCGGCUUGACGACCCGAACGUCGCCCUUUCUAAAGGAUGGAACUUCAGGUAUCCCAAGAACUACAACGAGAGCAUGCGCACCCUCGUGAAGGCGUACGGGAUCACCUUUGUCAUCCUGGUGCAGGGCCAAGCAGGAAAGGCCAGUCUCAUCCCCGUCGCCGUAAACCUGGGCUCCGGCCUGGGGCUCAUGGUGGUGGCCACGGUGGUGUCGGACUUCGUCGUAAUGAACUGUCUGAAGCGGAGAAGACUGUACGCAACCAGCAAAUACGAGUACGUGAGCAAGGAGGAGCACGAAUGUCCUGCUGGUAGUCGUGACGCCGUGGGAUGUUCUGGACUUGAAACUUUCUGUUUGACCUCGUAGCUGUAACGCAGCUAACGAGCUAACCAGAGUUCUCCUUAGCGCGAACAAAACAGAUUAUUUUUCAGCGUUUUCACCAUUCGUUUUCGACCCGGAACCACUGUUCAAAGACUCCCCUUUCUGGAAAGUGUCAUUGGUAACAAGGUGUCUGUGCCAGGGUUCCAUUCAACCACUUCGACGUAUACCGGAAGCCUACAGGUGUUAAAGGGGUACUCCGGCGAUUUCUCGAUCUGCCCCAACUAACUGUAUUUUCGGAAUCACCGGCUUUUACCCUUUCCGGCAUGCUAUUUAAUAUUACGAAAUCCAAAAUAGUAAUUGUAAAAUCGGCAAGUGAAAAUGAUGCCAAAACCAACAUUCAAAUAUACUCGCGCUUUCAGUUCCCAGACGUCAGUGGGGGAAAGGCUUGCAGGUCGAGCGAGCUUCCAAGGCAUUCAUUUGACACCGUGAAACUGCUUGUAAUGAGUUGGGAACAAAGCCCAAAAAGUGUACCCCUGGGUACAGUGGCUACCCUGGGCCUACCGCUGACAUCACGUUUUCGUAGUUGCCAGUAUAGACUUUCACUUUGAAAACCAUGACUGUGACCAAAAUUGUAUAUUCCAUAUCAUCGCGAAAAUUUUAUUUGCCCCAAUAUUUCGGUGACUAUUUCAGCGAUGUUUGUUGUUGUGCUUAGAAAAUUUUCAGGUAUAUCGGGGACUAUGAAGAUAACGCCGGAGUACUCCUUUAAGGCGCCAACACACAUUCCUUGAAGAUAUAAUAAACACGUGGGUGGCAUUUAGCAAAAAAAAGUUGGAUAUAAUAUAUAUAUAUAUUUUUUUUUUGCCUUUCUGUUUGCUGAUGAUUACUGUCUCGAGUUGGCACAUUACUAAAAAGGGAUAAGUAGCGCGAAAAAAAAACAAGGACGAAAAAAUUCACACACACACAACAGGUGCUUUUUUUUAUUUUUUGCUUAUUUUUUCGUUAUUUUUUGUUCGAGAUAUUUAAUUAGUUUUCUGUAUGAACAAACUAAUCUGAUCAAGAGUUGCGUAGCACUUUCUAUUAGUGUGUAAAAAUGCUUCAUUCACCGAAUAUAAACGAACUGAUAUGUAAGAUGGGUCCCUCCGUCUCCGCACCUGUUCUUGAAUUAAGAAGGGCACCGACGCUCUAACAGCAGACAACUGCUGGUCCUAUAAUUAACUUUUGUUCGCCCAAGGUCUUAACAUAGUGUGAUCAAUGCGAGGUAUCAUUGUGUAAACUUUCAUAACCCUGACGAACGUCCCAGGGAGCUGGAACCUUAUCAAGUCGCUAUUGAGCAGAAUUUUCGCCCCAGUCCUUUGUUGUCAUGUGCCCUUUUGACCAUGUAACAGCAAAUAAAAUUGAUUUGAUCUGAA